CAGCGGCACUCAUAGAGUGCUACACACACACACCGAGCUCUGCAACUCUCUAAGCGUGUCACUUACCCAGUCAGUCACUUACUGUGUGCGUGCGUGUGUGUAUGUGUGUGUUUGUGAGUGUGGAGGAAUGUUGAAAAGAGCUCCAAACCAUCCUUCAUCUCCAUGAGCGACGCCAGACUGAGGCCUCGGUGGAGCCCUGUCACUGCUUGUGUUCUUUUACAAUGCAUUUUGAACCGCAGGGGCAAAACUAAUGAGCUGUGCCACACAGGCACAAGUCAAAGAACAAAAGCAACUGAUAAAAGGACUUUGGGACAUUCAGUUUCUCACAGAAGGAACUCACCAGCCAGUCUACUUCCUGACAGCCUCAUUGUUGCUGUCUAUGCGCUGCAUUCAGGCAGACCAUCGGAUUAUCCUACAAUCCUGACACAUAGAAAAUCCGUGUUGCCGCCCCCAUCAACAGAAUAACCAUGUCCUCUCCUUCCCUCCCCAUGUCUUCUCUCCCCGCCAGCCCUCUGGCCAUGGAGUACCUAAAGGACUUUGACCUUCUCAAAUUUGAGGUGAAAUCUGACACUCCUCCACUCCCUCCGCCUUGUCUGUAUCCCAAAUCCGGCCUCCCUCAAGACCCCUCCAACUCUCCGUACACCAGCCACCCUCCUCAGGAUUCAAGUCUGAGCUCCAGCCCUUACAACUCACUGCCACCCUCACCGACGCUCAGUGAUGCCCACCCACCACCUUCGGGUCCAUCAUCCCUCUCUUCAUCAUCCUCCUCCAUCUCCUUCCCCCUCUCUAUCUCCAGCGGCUUUGCCUCUGGCAUCAGCUCCGGGUCUCAAGGGAACAUGGAAGGCAGUCCAGCCCACAGCAGUCCUCAGGGUCCAACCCCGGCCUCGCUGGAGGAUCUGAUCUGGCUGGCAGCACUACAGCAACAGUUUGGAGGUGAAGUGGCGGCACCGGCCACUUUGCUAGGAGCCGUGGGAGGUGUGCCAGAGCGAGGGGACAGAGAGAGAGGGCUGGUCAAUGGCUUUCUGGGCUGUGAGGAUGCUGUUGAGGCUUUGCUUAACUCUACUGCUGCAGCUGUCAGCUCACAGUUUCCAUACCUUUCUCAAAGUUCAAGCAGUAACCUGGGAGACUCCAGUAGCGACAGUGGAGGUGAUGUCUCCUGCCCCAAGGCAACCGACAUGUGCCAUCGCCCGCUCGUCUUCCUCUCAUCUGCACCUCCUUCACUUCCAAAUGCUGCCCCCACCUCAGCUCCUUACCCACAACCUCUCAGCCCCCAGGCCCGACUUCAUCAUCACCAUCAUCAGCACCACCCCAUGCAUGCUAAUCAUCACCAUCAUCACCACACUCAAGUCAAUCAGCAGUGUGGGGUGAAUGAGCGUUUCUCUGACGAGCAGCUGGUGAGCCUGUCAGUGCGAGAACUGAACCGACACCUGCGUGGGGUGAGUAAGGAUGAGGUGGUGCGCCUGAAGCAGAAGCGCCGCACGCUGAAGAACCGUGGCUAUGCUCAGUCGUGCCGCUACAAACGCUUACAGCACCGCCACGCUCUGGAGUCUGAGAAACACGUGCUCACACAACAGCUAGAGCAGCUACAGUGUGAGCUGACUCGAGUGCUGCGGGAGAGAGACGCCUACAAAGCUCGCUACGAAAAGCUCCUCAGCACAAACCACAGCGCUGGUGGUGAAGCCCCACCGGCGCCCACCAGCGACCCACCAUCCCCACCCCCUGACUAUUUCCUCUGAGUUUACCCAGAAGGGAGAAAAACAAAAGGAAAAAAAAAUAACUGUGAGGAUGGAGCAAUCACUGAUGAGUAAUCAGGCGUAAUUGUGGUGGAAAACAAGGAUUUGAAAAACACCACUGUGUGUGUGUGUGUGUGUGUGUGUGUGUGUGUGUGCAUGCGUGCAGGAGAAAGUGAGACAGUGACAGACAGGUGACACUGUGAAACCCAUUAGGAGGCUGUUAUAGGGUUAGACUUUGCUUCAUGGACUCAGUUUACCUUUACUGUGAAGGUAAUAGUUGCACAAAGCCGCCUGCGGACUAAAUAUCAUGGACUGGAUACUUUAUUUUGCAUCAACCUUAUCGAUACUUGUGCAAGUGUUGAUCUUAUUAUCUAUGCAGUGUUGCAUACUUGCAGCUCUCUGCAGCUGAACAGCUGAGGUGAUGCUCAAAAUGUAAGGUUGUUUUGUUUUUUUUCUUUUCAUAAUAAGCUGCUAAACUUGCAGACGUAUGAGUAGUGCAGUGGUGCUGGAUGUGGAGUGGUAUCUGUGUGGAUAAAGUAUUUGUGGCAUGCAGUCAUACUUGACAGCUAAUAUUUCACAGUUGCCUACCAAAGUGUUUAAGCUCACAUGAUUUGUUAUUUGUCAGAUGGAUAAUCACAAACUGAGGAAUGUAUAGAGACACCUUCCGGUAAUAUCCUGCUGAAUGUGGUCAUGGUUCUCUCGGACAUUAACACGGAAAACAGCUGCCGUCAAUAUUGGAUUGCAAAAGAAAAACUCCAGCAG